CGCUUGAGGGCGUUGUUUGUACUGUAUCCUGCAAAAAUAAAUUAUAAUCUAACCUGCAAACUGCUGAACACUUAUGAGCACCGACGAGUAUUCUUCUUGAAUUUUAUUUUCACAUAUUGUAAAUAAUAAUAAAGUAAACAUGAAUAUAAAUAAUCUUUGCCGACGUAGUUUUGUACCAAUGAAAUUUACAUUAAAUCUGCCAUGUAUGACUUACUCAAAAAAAGAAACCACAGGAGUAAGCAUGGUUGGUGGUGCUCUCAAAAAGAAAAAAAUGGGUAAACUUGGGCCAAUGGCAGAGAAGAAAAUAAUGCCAGUAGAAAGUGAUGUAAACAAACUAGUCAACUUUGUGUGUGGCUCCAACAUCUACAAAACUGGUGAAGAUAUUAAAAUAAGACCAGAUUCAGAAUAUCCUGGAUGGUUAUGGAAUUUACAUAUUGGUCCAGCACUCUCACUAGAUGAACUAGAGCCUGACUCAAAAGAAUAUUUACUAAAGGUUAGAAAAAUGGCAAUGAGAAGAAACAACAAAUUGGCUCAACUGAAACAAUUUUAAGUUUUGUUUUUAUUAACAAUGUAGUUUAAUAACUUGAAUUUAAUUACAACUAUAAUUACAACUAUGAUCUCUUCCCAAAUAGUGAAGAGAAAAGUUCUGUCUGAGCCUCAUCUGUAAUAAACUCAUUAUUAACUGGG